AUUCACGAUGCUGCUGGUGGUGCACGCGGCGUGAUCUGUCAAAGCAUCGAAUGGCAGAUCCGGUGCAAGGUGGUAAGCGAUGAGUCCCGAUUGGUGGUAUUGCUACUUGAUCGCGCUGAGCCUGCUGGCCUGGCUGGUCGAUAGCCGGCGCGAAGCAAAGUUCAACUGCACGCUGACGGCCAACUACUACGACUGUCUGUUCCGGGAUGUCGUGAUACGCAGCGAACUGGAGGCGGACAGCAUCUUCUUCGGGGUGCAGAACUUCAACGACACCAGCAUCGCGUUCCGCGACUCCUCGAUGGUGGUGCUGCCGAAGAAGAUCUUCGAAACGUUCCCGGCCAUCCAGUACCUGUCGAGCGAUGCCUGCCACAUCCAGAAGCUGCUCGGUGGUACGUUCGCGAAUGCGCAGCGCUUGCAGGAGCUUCACCUGUACGAUAACCGCAUCAGUCGGUUGAACAAUUUCGUCUUUAACGGUGCACUGCAGCUUGAGAUACUGUCGCUGUACAACAACACGAUCAAACUGGUCGAGGAGCACGCAUUCGAUGGGCUCGGUCAUCUGCGGUUGCUGUACAUGGACGAGAACCAGCUGGAGAAGCUGCCCGAGGGUGUGUUCUCGGGGCUCGAAGAGCUACAGAUACUGGAGCUGCAGCACAAUCGCAUCAAGGAGAUCGGUGAGGAUCAGUUCGUGCUGUGUGUGAUGCUGCGUGAGCUCAACCUCAGCGCUAACCAGAUCAGCACGUUCAACAUGACGCAGCUACAGUCGCUGAACAAGCUGGAAACGCUCGAUAUCGCUCGGAACUAUCUGGACGAAGUGUUUGUUACCAAGUACGUGCGAACGCUGAACGCACAGGAGAACCAGAUCAGCCGGAUCGUGAUUGAUCAGGGAGAUUUCUUCCAGCUGACGCAUCUUAAUCUUUCCCGCAACAACAUCGCUAACAUAAACAACAUCUUCAAGUUCCGCAACUUGAUCGAGCUGGACGUGUCGUACAAUGAGCUCGUUACGCUCGAUUUUGUCAUCUUUGCGUUCAUGAAGAACCUGAAGGACAUCAAGCUGAACAACAAUCGGUUGUGGAUUCUGGACAAUGGUAUCCCAUCGCCGGCCAAGUCGUUGCGUAGCCUUAACCUGGCCCACAACAAGUUCCUGUACCUUGAUCUGGCCGUGCUUGAUACCUUCCCAGCGCUCGAGUACAUCUAUCUGCACGGGAACGAUCUGAUCGAUAUGCAGAUUGAGGAAAUUGAGCAGCACUUCCCGUACCUGACGCUCGUGUCCUGCGAUAACAAUGAUUGGGACUGCAUCAAUCUGAUGCACAUCGUGACGCUGCUCGAGCGGGCGUACGUCAAGUGGUCGAACGGAAAUCGGAACUGUACGCGGCCGGAACAGCACCGGCUCAUCUGUUGCACGUCGGCCGAGCAUCAUCUGCGCGAGAAGAUCGUACGGUUGACGCGCGAGAUCUACAAGUCGCGCAAAAUGAUCAAGCAGCUGAUCAUGGAGAAUGCGGAGCUGCGGAGCGAGGUCGAGAUGCAGUAUCUGCCGGGCGAUGGCUCCUAGAUGGGGAGUGGUUGCGCGGCGUUUGGUUGGUUUUAUGAUAGGAUCUUGUCAAAUGAUAAGUUUUUGAAUAAAUACGAUUUACAAUAAGCA